GUUUUUCCUCUUGUCUCCUGCAGCUUUAGUCACAGGUCGGCACCAUGUCUCUUUUAUUGGACAAUCAAUUUAAAGAACUUCCUGCAGACAAGUCUGUGGACACCAAGACCUUCUUGGACAAUGUUUCCAGCCUGCCUUCGUUUUUCGACUGCUUCGGAUCAAGCGUGUUUUCAAUCAUCAAGAAGGACCUCAAUGGAAACAUUACAAAAAUAAAAGCAGUUUAUGUUCAGGAUCCUGCAAAGUACGCCACCUUGCAGAAUAUCCUAGAAGCAGAACGAGAAGCCCACAAAGAAUGGCCUAAAGUUGGAGCAACAUUGGCUCUGAUGUGGCUCAAGAGGAUGACUCUCCCUCUGUUUCUGUCUGUCCUUCAGGCAGCACUAUAUGCAUCUCCCUACAGAUCAGACUUUCUUAAGGCCCUUUCAAAGGGAGAAGAAGUAAAAGAAGAGGACUGUAUGGCAAACCUGCGUACCUUCCUGGUUAACUACACGGCCACUGUAGAUGCCAUCUACGAGAUGUACACAAAUCUAAACGCAGAGCUGGACUACACUGUUUGAUGUAGGAGGAUAAACCUAGACCAGAGGUUCAGGAUGACUGAUGACUCCCUCAGGGUGGAGCUAAAUUCAAGCUCUUAGAGGUUCUUAAAAUAGGGAUGUUUUGGGUUUUUUGUUCUAUUUAUUACUGAUUAUGCCUUAAUCGAUAUAUUUUAUGUAUAUUUGAUCUUAUAAAACGGCUUAUGCCUUGAAAUGAAAAGUAGAAUGUGUAGGAAAGUGCUUUGUUGCAGGUUUAACUGCUGCUCUCUGUCGGAUUUUGUAAUUGUUUGUUUUUGCUGCCUUAUUUAUGAGAUCACCGUGUGCCUUUAACUUUCUUCUACUAUAACCAAAAACAGUGACAUCAAAGAAGCAUCACAUUAAAGAUGACAGGACUAUUUUCCACUAUUUAUUUUUUGGCUUGAUAAACGUCUGAUUCUGUAAUUCAAUUACAUUAAAACCCUGUUACAUUUCACCUAUGAA